UUUUUCUUGUUGUGUAUGUGCAUGCAAUUUGCAAACUUUAUAUUCUUUUUGUCGUAUGUAAUGAUGUUAUUUGUUGGAUGUAAAAAAAGAGAGGAAGUAUCUAGAUUACCUUUGAGAACAACUUUUUCCAUAAUUGUGCACCUGUAAUGAAGGCACUUAAACAAAAGUUCCCUUUGAUUGUGGUGUUAAUCUCUAAUUUGUUUGUAAUUAUCCCACAUUUCUCCUUUAUUUCCCCUUUUUGGGGUUACAUAAUUUUGGUGGUUGGAAGUAAAGAGUGAGAAUUGAAAUGAUGAUAGUUUGAAAAUAUAAGAAGGAAGCAUGGGUUAGUGUAAUUAUUUGAACAACUGUUUAUUAUCAUUCUUCUUUAACCUUUUUUUGUUUCUGUUUGAAACUUUGGGAAAAUUUUUGAUCUCCCAACAAUUUUUCUUUCUAAUGAGAUUAAGGCGUAGCCAAUGCAUUCUUUCUUGUGCCUCCUACUACAAAGCUGAUGAAGAUGAAAGUAAUUGGCACAGAAAGAAGCUAGAUGAGGAGCCAGCAUGGUCACAUAAUCCUCCACACGUAAUUUCACAGUUUGCUCAGUGCUUUACUAAUGCUAUGGUUGGACCACGAGCAUGGAUAGGAGGAAUCUUCAACCGCUCGAGCAAUAAACGACUUGGAAGCGAUAAAUAUCUUAACUACCCUUUAACUCCUCAUCAGGAACAAAGCUUACACGGGCUUCAAGAACGGCUAGGAGUACCUUUUGACGAAGCACGCCUAGAUCAUCAAGAAGCUCUUCGAGAUUUAUGGAAUGCAGCAUUUCCAAAUGUUAAGCUUAAAAGCUUGAUCUCCGAGCAAUGGAAAGAUAUGGGCUGGCAAGGAGCAAACCCAUCAACUGACUUCAGGGGUUGUGGAUUUAUUUCGCUCGAGAAUUUGCUGUAUUUUGCAACAAGAUAUCCGGCUUGUUUUCAUAGGUUGCUUUUCAAGCAAAGUGGAUUGAGAGCAACGUGGGAGUAUCCAUUUGCAGUUGCUGGGAUUAAUGUUACAUUCAUGUUGAUUCAGAUGCUCGACUUAUUCUCAGAAAAACCAAAGUGUCUUCCAGGAUUAAAUUUUGUUAAGUUGAUAGGAGAUGACGAGGCGUUUGAUGUUCUAUACUGUAUAGCAUUUGCAAUGAUGGAUGCUCAGUGGCUGGCUAUGCGUGCUUCAUACAUGGAGUUUAAUAACGUUUUGCAAGCGACGAGGAUGCAGUUAGAGAGGGAACUAUCAUUAGAUGAUAUACAAAGAAUAGAAGAUCUGCCAGCAUUCAACCUGAUAUAGUAAGUAAACACACUUCUUGUUCCCCGGAUUCUUCAAUAAUGUCGACAGGUGGUGUGUGUCGGAAAGGAUGAUACGACAACAUUUUUGUAGUAUCCGAGCAACAUAAGUUAAAAGAUAGGCAGUGUUAUAAAAUGAUUUAGAUAUAGCCAAAACCUGAAGAGUUUUGUACAAAAGGUGAUGGUUUUGGCAACUCAAUAUGAAAUAUAGAAAAAUUGUAGUGUUUUUUUUUAACUUUUAUUCUUAAUUUAGUUUUGUAUAAUAUUGGAUUGAGAUUAGUUUAAAUACAACGAUA